AUGAAGGCGUUGGUACUUUUCCACUCGUUGUAUGGGCACAUAUACAAAAUGGCCGAGGCCGUCGCGGAAGGUGUAACCCGGGUCGAGGGGGCCGAAGCGACAAUCAGGCGAGUGCCCGAGGCUAUCCCGCAGGAGACGCUUGAACGCAUGGGGGCAAGUCACGCGCAGCAGACCUUUGCGCACAUUCCCGUUGCAGCGCCCGGUGAACUGAGCGAGUACGAUGCCGUCAUCUUCGGCACGCCGACCCGGUUCGGCAAUAUGUCCGGCCAGAUGCGCACCUUCUUGGACCAGACCGGAGGGCUGUGGAUGCAGGGCGCGCUGGUCGGAAAGGUGGGCAGCGUCUUCACGAGCAGUUCGACUCAGCAUGGAGGGCAGGAAUCAACGAUACUCAGCUUCCACACGACACUGCUUCAUCACGGCAUGGUGGUCGUUGGGCUGCCCUACGCCUUCAAGGGCCAGAUGCGUAUGGACGAGAUUACCGGGGGCAGCCCGUAUGGCGCCUCUACCAUCGCGGGUCAAAACGACCGUGAGGUUAGCGAAAACGAGCUGGAGGCCGCUCGCUUUCAAGGCCGUCACGUCGCUGAGAUCGCCAAGAAGCUGGCCGCGUAA